UCAUCAUCGCAGGGAUGUCAGACGCCAAGCAAAUCAUGGCACAGAAAAGUGCUAAAAUAGCAGCUGGAGCUGUUGUGUGCGUUGAAAGCGAAAUAAGAGGAGAUGUAACCAUUGGUGCAAGAACAGUAGUCCACCCCAAGGCACGGAUCAUAGCAGAGGCAGGGCCCAUUAUCAUCGAGGAGGGGAAUCUGAUAGAGGAGCAGGCGCUUAUUAUAAACAGUUAUCCGGAGAACAUCAUGCCAGACACAGAGGGAGUGGAGCCAAAAACAAUGACAAUCGGGACCAAUAAUGUGUUUGAAGUUGGAUGUGUCUCCCAAGCUUUGAAAAUUGGAGACAACAAUGUGAUUGAGUCUAAAGCUGAUCUUGGGAGAAACGUGAUCCUGACCAGCGGAUGCAUCAUUGGCGCAUGCUGCCAGGUCAACACGUGCGAGGUUGUGCCUGAGAACACGGUUGUGUACGGUUCAAACUGCAUCCGCCGUGUGCAGAGCGAAAAGCCACAGCCUCAGACUCUGCAGCUCGACUUCCUCAUGAAGAUUUUACCCAACUAUCACCACCUGAAGAAGACAGCCAAAGGAAGCAGCACACCUGUGAGAAACUGAGCUGGAUCCAGAGGGAUUGUGCCUCUUGUAAAACCCAACACACACUGACUCAAUUCCAUCGACUCGCACUUGUCUUUCACUUCAGUGUUGCUCCGUAACGUCUGGAAUAUUAUAUUUCACACUGAAAGCCAUCACUUUAUAAAUUCUUCUUGCAUAUUAGCAAUGCUGUCAUUCUCCAUGUGACAACUUCUGCCUUUGCACAUUUGCUUUCAAAUCAAAAUUAAUACAAUUUCUGAUAUAUUUUGGACUUUAUAUUGUAAACCUGUGCCAUUUUAUGUUAAUAAAUUAUCCUCAUAUAUAU